GCCGCAAAACGCCCGUCGACUGUGGUGAAUUCCUCAGCGGCUCUGUUGCGUUCUAAAGGCGCUAAAGAGGCGACUGAGAGAGCCGAGGCACCCUGCAGGGCGCUCUUCUGGCCCCAUUCCCCUCGUUAUGGAGGCUUUCCACGCUGCAAUGCAUAAACGAGUGAAUUUACUUUUGUCGUGUUAUGGAGAAUCCCCCUAAAGUCGUCUUCAGCUGGUUUUCUGCAGAGAUGCCCGUAUGAUGGAAUUCGGCAGAACCGUUCUGGUGACCGGAGGUUCGGGCUUCAUUGGAUCCCACUUGGUAUGUCGUCUAGUCAACCGAUACCCCAACUGGAGAAUCAUCAACCUGGAUAUGCUGGACUACUGCUGCAGUGCCAGGAGUCUGGAGAAUGUAGAAGACAGGAUAAAUUACACCUUCAUCAGGGGUGAUGUGUGUAACUCUCGUCUGGUUUCCUACAUUUUCAAUACCAUCAAAAUUGAUAUCGUCUUUCAUCUGGCAGCCAAAACGCACGUUGAUUCGUCCUUUGUGUGUCCAUCCAGUUUUCAACAGGUCAAUGUCAAUGGGACAAGGGUUCUGCUGACAGCUGCCCAUAGGGCAAGACAUAGCCCACAACGCUUCAUCUAUGUUAGCACUGAUGAAGUCUACGGCAGCAGUCUAAACAAGGUGUUUGAUGAGAGCAGUCCUAUAAGACCUUCCAACCCGUAUUCUGCCACUAAAGCUGCUGCUGAGUACCUGGUCAAGUCAUACUGGAUCAAAUAUAAGUUUCCCACCAUCAUAACAAGGAGCAAUAAUAUCUAUGGGCCCAGGCAGUACACUGAGAAGGUUAUCCCGAGAUUUCUUUCCCUCUUGCAAGUGAAUAAGAAAUGCACCAUCCAGGGAACCAUCCCUAAAUCCCGCCACUUCCUGUUCAUUGAUGAUGUCAUUGAAGCCUUUCUGAUGCUUUUGGAAAAGGGAGUUGUGGGAGAAAUAUAUAAUGUGGGGACCAGCUGUGAGAUCUCCAUCAUGGAGCUUGCCAAGGAGCUCAUCAAGAUGAUGAAGAACGUGCCUGACUGUGAACUGAAUGACUGGCUUGAAUUUGUGCCUGACAGGCCGCAGGUGGACCUGUGCUACCCCAUCAGCUCCGAGAAGCUGCAGAAGCUGGGAUGGAGACCUGAGGUGCCGUGGGCAGAAGGCAUCAGACAAACUGUUGAGUGGUACCAGCAGAACCCGGGCUUCUGGUCAGACGCAGCAGACCAAGGACCAAUCAGCUGCCAUCUUGAAAAUGCAAACAACCAAUAAGACUGUGAGCUGUUUCCAUCUACUCGACCAAAAGAAGACUUGAAGACAUCUGCUUUGCUUUAUUUAAUCUUGCUACUGGCCAGCAGGAAGGCAGAUGUAGAGUUUGUGAUGAGUCGUGUGUAAUACAGGACCCUUCUGUACAACAAACAAAGUGAACAGUCAGUAUUUCACUUGACACUGAGUCCACUUCAUGUUUGCCUUAAACUGGAUUGAACUUCUUCUGCUCUUCAUCCCUGCUGCAGCUGUCUGGACCUCUCACUUCUGCUCUUCAUCCCUGCUGUAGCUGUCUGGACCUCUCACUUCUGCUCUUCAUCCCUGCUGUAGCUGUCUGGACCUCACACUUCUGCUCUUCAUCCCUGCUGUAGCUGUCUGGACCUCUCACUUCUGCUCUUCAUCCCUGCUGUAGCUGUCUGGACCUCUCACUUCUGCUCUUCAUCCCUACCGUAGCUGUCUGGACCUCUCACUUCUGCUCUUCAUCCCUGCUGUAGCUGUCCGGACCUCUCACUUCUGCUCUUCAUCCCUGCUGUAGCUGUCUGGACCUCUCACUUCUGCUCUUCAUCCCUGCUGUAGCUGUCUGGACCUCUCACUUCUGCUCUUCAUCCCUGCUGUAGCUGUCUGGACCUCUCACUUCUGCUCUUCAUCCCUGCUGUAGCUGUCUGGACCUCUCACUUCUGCUCUUCAUCCCUACCGUAGCUGUCUGGACCUCUCACUUCUGCUCUUCAUCCCUGCCGUAGCUGUCUGGACCUCUCACUUCUGCUCUUCAUCCCUGCCGUAGCUGUCUGGACCUCUCACCUCUGCUCUUCAUCCCUGCUGUAGCUGUCUGGACCUCUGACUUCUGCUCUUCAUCCCUGCCAUAGCUG